CCCUCUAGUUGGCACUGAUGCCUAGGCAAAGCAACGAGGCACUGGCAUUACGAGCCCGGGCACGGCACCUCUUCCUCCGCAGUCGCCACGGGCACUGCCAGUCGGACGCGAGAGUGGUUGCUGGACACUGGACGAAGCCAGAAAAGAAGAAAAUGCCAGCUAAGCGCAUACCCACUAGUGAGACGCAAGAGGCGCUCACUGCAGCAGAAUUGGAACCCAUGACCCCCACAGAAGAGAAGAAGGAGGAUAACAAUGGCAAAACAGAACUCAAGAAAGAGCUCGGGUUGGUCGAAGGAAUAGCGAUCAUCUUGGGUAUUAUCAUUGGCUCAGGUAUUUUUAUAUCACCAAAGGGUGUACUGAAAGAGACAGGGAGCGUGGGUAUGUCCCUGGUGGUGUGGGUACUGUGUGGAUUUCUGUCCAUGAUCGGUGCCCUUUGCUAUGCUGAGCUGGGCACUUCCAUACCAAAAUCAGGAGGCGAUUAUGCAUAUAUCAAUACAGCAUUUGGAUCAUUACCUUCCUUUCUUUUCCUCUGGGUUGCAAAUCUUAUAUUUGUGCCAACAACUAAUGCCAUAAUGGGUCUCACAUUUGCUAAAUAUGUGAUACAGCCUUUCUUUCCCGAAUGUGAAUUGCCGAAUUCUGCUGUAAGACUCCUUGCAGCUCUUGCUAUCUGUUUCUUAACAUUCAUCAACUGCUGGAAUGUGCGUUUAACUACCAGACUACAGAAUUGCUUUAUGGUAACAAAAGUUGGUGCCCUCUGCAUUGUCAUCCUAGCUGGUCUUGUGACUAUUUGCAUGGGCAACACGCAAAACUUUGAGAAUUCAUUUGAAGGGACCAAGACAGACCCAGGAAGUAUUGCUGUGUCGUUCUAUUCUGGUAUCUUUUCUUAUGCUGGAUGGAACUACCUUAAUUUCAUGACAGAGGAACUGAAGAAUCCAUUUGUGAACUUACCUCGUGCCAUCUAUAUUUCACUGCCUCUGGUGACGUUAGUGUACGUGUUGGCAAAUGUAGGUUAUCUGGCUGUUCUCACACCCACAGAAAUGCUGGCGUCAGAUGCUAUUGCAGUGACAAUGGCCGACAAGCUCUUCCCUUACUGCAGUUGGAUCAUGCCAAUUCUCGUAGCAGUCUCAGCAUUCGGUGGUCUCUCUGUGCAUAUUAUGACGUCAUCAAGGUUAUGUUUUGUGGGUGCUCGGCAAGGACACUUCCCUGACUGCUUAGCGCUUAUUAAUUAUAAGUGUAACACCCCAACGCCUUCACUCUUCUUUCUUGGCUGCUUUUCACUCUUGUACCUGUGCACGACUGAUAUCUACAGCCUCAUCGAAUACUCAAGUUUUGUGGAGUCUUUGUUCAUCCUCAUCAGCAUAGCAGGACUCUUGUUUAUGAGAUGGCAAAGACCAAACAUGAUAAGACCUAUUAGAGUGAAUCUGUUGAUCCCAUGUGCAUUCUUCCUCAUCUGCGGCUUCUUAGUCUUCCUUCCACUUUACGUAAGGCCCUGGGAGGUUGGCAUGGGAAUAUUGAUCACUGUCAGUGGCAUACCCGCUUAUUUCCUGUUUGUCUACCCACAAAAUAAGCCUGCACUCAUUAGGAAACUUCUAGAUAUAUUGACUGUUGGGACUCAGCAGUUGUUCUUGUCCGUACAAGGAGACGAUUAAAAAGUGACACGUUUCAACUUAGGAACUUUCAGCAUUAUUUUCAUCAUCCAUUUCUCCUUUGAAAUUACUUCAUUAUAUACAUAACCAUAUUCAGAUUUUUUAAGGAAUUGAAAUAAAAAAUAAAAAAUUACGUGGGGUUUGUCCAUUUUAAAUGGUGUCCACGAGGGUAAGAAAAGGUACUACUGUUUUCAUACAUUUUCUAAGAGUUUCUCUCCUCAAAAUGUGGAUGACCUCUCAUUUAUAUAAUGAGCAAAGAGUUCGGUUCAUGAGAUGGUAUGUAUAGUUACUGAGUCUUUGCAGAUGAUUUGUAUGACAUUAUAAUUUUUUUUAAGUACAUGAUAUGGGGAAUUUUCCAUUUCUGAUGAGCUGGCUUUACAGUCAAUGUUACUGUCCCAAAAGACAGUUUGGAGGUACCUUAAACCCUAAGCAGCUUCCAUUAUGCAAUACCUAAUUGGUAUUACAAUUCGCUGUGUAAAUUCAUAUGGUGUGGGAUAUGUGGGCUAUAAUGCCUUACAAGAUUAUCCUAUAAAUCAUACAUUUAGAACAAAAAAGGGAAAUUAAGAAAAGAAUGAAUGCAUUGAAAGUGCUCUCUACUUGACAUGGGCAUUGUUUGAUUGUUUGUUAUUUUUGUACUAAUUUAAUUACAGGACUUGAAGGUAAUUGUAUUAAAGUGGAAGGCACUUCCUGUAUUUUAUUUUUCUUAAUUUCAUGUCAAUGCCUCAUCUGUAAUGCUAGUCUGAUUUUUUAAUAUACAUGAUGCUUUUUGAGCAUUGCGUGGUAAUGGGUGGUCCUCUUGCUCAUCUUUUUUAUAAACUAGUUUUUUAAAAAUGGAAUAUGUAGUAAGCUAACAGCUUUUUAGACAUUUUAUAAAAAGUGAUAUGCAAAUAGUUGCAUAAAGGAAACCCAGCUGAAAAUUUUUAUUUUAUAUAUUUAUUCUGCCAUACAUACCCUUACUACUUAUAUUACAUCAUUUUAACCAUUUAAUGAUGGUGUGAAGCUAAUAGUCUGAAUACUCCUUUUAAACUGCAAAUGCUGCUUCAUAAGGUUCCAAUUAUUCUUGGUGUGUUUGGUGCAAAGUUGAAAUUACUCAAAAAGUUUCUUUGUCAAGGAAAGCACUUUAGGAAUUUGCUGUAUAUUAUUUUUUUUUUUUAGGUACAGCCUUUAUUUAUUGCAGGCUAGCACAUUUGCCCCAUAAACUUAGUCAGCAAAAGACAAGAAGUAAAUUUUUUAUAAAUGUGAUAAAGUGUGAUAUUCAUAUGUGCCUAGAGAGUUGCAGUAGCCUGAAAUUGUAGGUAUAAAAAUUAAAUUGUAUGUACAUCAUUUUAGGCCCAGCUGGGCCUAACCAUGAUCCUCAAUAUAAAUUACUCUCGAAUGUAAUUUAAUCAAUGGUUAUUUCAGGUAAUUUUCUUUUUGGAUUUGAUAUUGUUUUUGAUACUGAAACUUCAGAUCAGUAUGGUAACAUUCUGCCCCAGUAUUUAUCACUUAUGCUGACGAACCUUAUAAUGAAUUAGAUUUAAUCUUAUCUUCAUAUUAUGUCAUCACUAUGGAUAUAUUCAUUCAUAUAUCAUUAUCAUCCAUGAAACUCAUGAGUUCUUCUUUUACCUGACAUCGUAUUUCUCAUGACAAUGUACUUCAAGUGAUUUUACUUGAAGUAUAUUGGAACUAUAGUCAAUUUGUAAGUAUUUUUAUGAAAUAAAUCAGUAAGUUUUUGUGAACACAGUGUUUAAUAUAAUCCCAUUUUGUCAUUCCUACAUAAUACAACAAUGAAUAAAAAGGGAAUUACAAAACAGAGACACGGCAGGACAAAACAGUGAGUUAGACGAAACAAAAAAACUGCACUUAAAUCAAUAAAAUCAAUUGAGAUCUGAGAAAUACAGUCUGUUAAAUGAAGAACUCAUAGGUCUUUUAAAUGAUAAUGAUAUAUGAGUGAGUAUAUCCAUGGUUAAUUAAUUAUAAGUUUUUUCAGGACUAGUAAUAAAUAUUGGAGCAGGUCAUUACAAAUACUACAAAAUGCAAAAAAUGUGAAUCUCAGGAAAAAAUAAAACUGAUUUUUAACAUUUGUGUCAAAUGAAUGUUUACAGAAUAUGUAUUAUCAUUUGAAUAAACUGUCUUUAAGUAUUUGUGUAACUCAAAGAAAGACUAAAAAUUUUCUUUCAUGUACAAUUUAAACAGUCAUAAUGUUGAGCAGGGUAUAAUAUUCAUAAAUAUACAUUUCUACAUACGAGCUUGUAACCAUAUGCCAAAAAACAGAAGUUUAUAGCACACCAUAUCACUGAAUGCAUGCUAUUCUUCUUUCUUCUUUUAUAGGGUUUUAGACGUAUGAAUGCAUACUAUACCUUAACCUGGAGAAAUUAGCUCAGAAUCCAAAGAUUACCCAUCAAAAAUCGUUACCCAAAGAAAUUAGCUCUUUAUUUAUCUUUUAUAUGGGAGGUCAUCCAUAAUUUGAGGAGAGAAGCUCUCAGAAAAUAUAUAAAAACUGUAGGAUAUGUGACGAAUUAGAGCUGUGAUUGCGAUAGUUUUUAGCACCGAUAUUGAGAGGGCUAGACUAGAAUGAGGAAAGGGAGUAGCAAGGUAUUUUUCCAAUUUGUAUAAUAUUGCGUGAGUGGAAAUAUGUGUUAAGUGUUUUGAAUUAUAUGUUUCAAGCAAUUACUGAAAUAUUGUAAGAUUUCCUGUCAGAAAAGAAUUGUAACUCAUAUUUAAUGUUUGUGUUAUCAUGUUCAUUGUCUUAAAUUGCAAUAUAAGAAUUAGUAAAUUUUUUGUUGCACUUCAGUAAGGUAAUGAAAAUGAAGUUUUCAUAAUGAAUGAUUAUUUCAUUUAAGUAUUGUAUUGAAAUAUCAUAUUGGGGUCACCCUAUGACAAUAUAUUGCUUUUAUAUUUUAUCGAAUGUAUUCUUUUUUGUACAAAAAUAAAUAGCAAUAUGAAGACAAUA